AUGUUGACGGUAGACGUUGACGACAUUGUUGUCGACUACCCGGACACCUUUGCGCUCAUGCAGGAUCUGCAGGCUAUGGGGGAGGGCAACGCCAUACUGGGAAGGGAAAUGGGCGCGAUCAGAAGAGAGGUGUUGAUGGCGAACGAGGGUAUCUAUAGGGAGCUUCACGGUAACGAGGACGGGAGCAUCCCUGCGACAUUUAGAAUCAUCUACAUGAUCGGGUGGCACGAGGGCGGCGACCAACCCAAGCCGUUGCCCAGAGGAAGCGGAGAUGUAAAUCUCAAGGACAUUCUAGAGUCCAACUAA